AUGAUGGUGACUCGCAAAACGUCUUGAACACUUUUGAAUGACUCUAACCUGAAAUUGCGUAUAGUCAAAGAAAGAAUUGUAUUUUUACUUCGCAUAUCUGUUUAAAAUAAUAAUUGAAUAAAAUGCCGGAGAGUACUAAAACGGAAACGAAGCCAGCUAAAGAGAUGAAGAACGGAAAGGAGGAUGAUAAAAAUGACCUGUCAGAGGAAGACAAGCUUUUGCAAGAAGAACUAACUUUGCUUGUAGAGCGUCUACAGGAUGCUAAUACAAAGUUACAUUAUCCUGCUCUGGAAUCCUUGCGUUCGCAUAUUCGCGCAUCAACAACGUCAAUGACAAGUGUUCCAAAACCACUAAAAUUUAUGCGACCCCAUUAUGAUGUUAUGAAGAACAUCUAUGAGAAGAUAACCAAUGUUAAGUGCAAGGAAUUAUGUUCCGACAUUAUUUCAGUCUUGGCAAUGACCAUGGGUGAGGGCCGAGAGUGUUUAAAAUAUAGGCUCACAGGCUCGGCGUUGGCGAUUGGUGAAUGGGGACACGAAUACGUAAGACAUUUAUCAGGAGAAUUGGCUCAAGAGUGGGAUGAAGUAACGGGUGAGAAUGUCGAAGCGACGAAUAAGAAAUUGAUCGCCCUGGUGCAUGAUAUUGUUCCAUACAACAUGGCACACAAUGCGGAAACAGAAGCGUGUGAUCUGUUGAUGGAGAUUGAGAAGCUCGAUCUGUUGGAACAGUAUGUUGACGAAAGUGUGUAUCAGCGAGUAUGCCUGUACCUUACGAGUUGUGUGCCCUAUGUAGCCGAUCCGGAGAACGGUACUCUUCUUAAUGUCUCUUGCAAAUUGUACCGGAAAUUCGGGCAAUAUCCGCAAGCGAUCAGAUUGGCGAUGCAAUUGAACGACUUGUCGCUCAUUGAGUCUAUUUUUACAAAUUGUAGGGACGUUUCUGUGCAAAAGCAGUUGGCCUUCAUGUUAGGUCGCCAGCAAAUCUUCUUGGAGCUACACGAGGCUACGAUGGAGGACGACGAUCUAUUCGAGAUAAUGUCAAACUCUCACUUGAACAAUCACUUCUUGAAUUUGGCGCGUGAGUUGGACAUAAUGGAGCCGAAAACGCCUGAGGAUGUUUACAAGUCUCAUCUGGAGAACUCGCGACCACCGUUUGGCGGUGGCCAGGUCGACUCGGCGCGACAGAAUCUCGCGGCGAGCUUCGUCAAUGGCUUCGUCAACGCCGCGUUCGGUCACGAUAAGCUACUGAUUGAGGAUGGCAACAAAUGGUUGUACAAGAACAAGGAGCACGGCAUGUUGAGCGCGACCGCGUCUCUCGGAUUGAUCCUGCUGUGGGACGUCGACGGCGGCCUGACACCGAUAGACAAAUACUUGUACUCGUCGGAGGACUACAUCAAGUCCGGCGCUUUGCUGGCUUGCGGCAUCGUUAACUGCGGUGUCAGGAACGAGUGUGAUCCCGCCUUGGCUCUGCUCUCAGAUUACGUGCUCCAUAGCAGUAACACGAUGCGUAUCGGCGCCAUCGUCGGCCUUGGCAUCGCCUACGCUGGCUCCAAUCGAGAAGCCGUACUGGGCUUGCUGACGCCCGUUCUCAGCGACACUAAAUCGAGCUGGGAGGUUUUAGGAAUGACUGGUCUGGCAUUGGGAAUGGUUGCCGCUGGCUCUUGUAACGUCUAUGUCACCACAGCGAUAAUGCACACGCUGAUGGACAAGUCCGAGUCCGAUCUCAAAGAUACGUACGCGCGGUUCCUGGCGCUUGGUCUGGGCCUGUGCUUCCUGGGCAAGCAGGAGGCGGCGGAAGCGAUCAUCGCGGCCCUAGAGGUUGUUCACGAGCCGUUUAGAUCAAUGUCGACAACGCUGGUGGAGGUAUGCGCGUACGCCGGUACAGGAAACGUCCUUAAAAUCCAGCACUUGCUGCACAUCUGCUCGGAGCACUAUGAACCGAGCAACGAAAAGGAGGAGAAGAGCGAGCGUAAGGAUAAGGAUAAGAAAGAAGAGAAGAAAGAGGACAAAGAGAAGGAUCUUAGCUCCAGACAAGCUAUCGCCGUUCUCGGUAUCGCUCUGAUAGCCAUGGGAGAGGAAAUUGGCGCCGAAAUGGCAUACAGGACCUUUGGCCACUUGUUGCGCUACUGCGAGCCUGUAAUCCGCCGCUCGGUUCCUCUCGCCCUGGGUCUCAUUUCAGUGUCGAAUCCGAAGCUCAACAUCCUGGACACGCUGUCGAAGUUCUCGCACGACAGUGAUCCGGAAGUGGCGCACAACGCGAUAUUUGCCAUGGGCUUGGUUGGUGCCGGUACGAAUAACGCACGAUUGGCUGCCAUGUUGAGACAACUGGCUCAAUUCCACGCCAAGGAUCCGAACAAUCUCUUCAUGGUGCGCAUCGCGCAAGGCCUGACGCAUCUGGGUAAGGGCACGCUUACCCUGUCGCCGUAUCACAGCGACAGACAGCUGCUGAGCCCCGUUGCUCUCGCCGGCCUUCUAUCGACACUAAUCGGUUUCUUGGACGUGAAAAACAUUAUUCUCGGGCGUUCACAUUAUCUCUUGUACACACUGGCCGCCGCAAUGCAACCCAGGAUGCUAGUUACAUUCGAUGAGGAUCUGAAUCCUCUGGCCGUACCUGUGAGAGUCGGGCUUGCCGUUGAUGUUGUUGGCCAAGCCGGCAAACCGAAGACCAUCACGGGCUUUCAAACGCACACAACACCGGUGCUGUUGGCAUACGGGGAGAGAGCGGAACUCGCCACCGAGGAAUACAUACCAUUAACGCCAAUCAUGGAAGGUUUUGUAAUUUUAAGAAAAAAUCCAGACUUUACACCUUAGUCAUAAUAUUCUUCGGUCGUUCAAAAUACCUCGUAUUGAAUAACUUAUAAAAUAGGGUAUAAUAAAAGCGUGAGACACUGCUCGUUUUGCAUAUACGAACAAUGUAAUGUUCUCUUCACAUUUUCCUUCCUAUAAAAUAAAAUGCGUUUCACAAAAAAAAUAAAAAAAAUUAAAAAACGCUUUUUUUUUUUACGUCACACAAGUAAUCCAAAAAAAUACAACGUAUUUCUUAUUUAAUAGUAAAAUACUGACUUUAAUAGUAAAAAAUAUUGAUACAGUGUAUAAAAUCUCGCUCGGCACAUAUUUUGUACGCAGUUUACAUUGUAAAAAAACAUCAAUACAAAACGGUAUUUUACAUUCUUAACGAUAAUAAUACAUCAGUUAGUUUUUUUUGUAAGUAUCAGUCAAGAUGGCGUAUGUAUGUCUCAUGCAAUUGUCAUAUGAAUUAACACCCUAAUAUUUUCUAUGAUUUUGCUCGCUUUUCAAUUGAAAAGUCUUAGAAAGAUAGAAAUGAAAUGUCUUUAUUACGAUCAUGUUAGUUUGUUAAAAUGUGCAUAUCGCGCAAAGUGUGUAUAAAUGGAAGUGUAUGGUAUUAUAUCAAUAAAAAAGAUCUUAGUAGUAAAACUUUUAAAUAAUACUUUCGUAUAAGCUUGUACUAUAGCCAUCAUAAUGUAACUUUUUUCAUCGCGAGAGAGAUUGCAUAGUUAUGUUUCUAUAAAAAUACAUGAAUAUCUCAAAAAUGUUUAAAUAUUAUGAGAGAUCCCCUUCAUGUUUUUGUAUCGAUAAUCAACCGUGUAAUCAACCUCUCUCAUCAAUAAAUUAUAUAAUUUACAUACUCUCUCACUGACACGUUUCCAGAAUCGGUUUCUGGAUUUUUGUUCUUAUUUUAAUGUUUCUUGUAAUUUGUGCAAUAAAAAUUUGUGCUCUUAUUUGAAGAUAAAUGCUUAAAUAAACUCGAUAAAGAUAAGAGUAUAAAGUAGUGGAGUAAGAAUAGAGAUAUGAUAAAACAGAUUCUAUAUAUAUAACUUUCUAAAUUAAUAACUUUCUAAAAUUACACUGCAUAAUUAUAAGGUAUCAUCGUUUUGGCACUGUUUGUUUAAAUCAUGAUAAUAAGUACAUUGUAUAAAUCUAUUAAGAAAAAAAUCUGACAUUUUUAAGAAUAAGUCAUGGAACUAAAAUUUAUAAAUCACCGGCAAUCUUUUAAUACUCGCACUAAGAAAAAAAAAUUCAAAAAGAAAUAAAUCUUCAAUUGUCUUCUUGUCUAUUAUUUUUAUAAAAGUAAUUAUAUCUUGCACUUUUUUCAAUCGUAAAACGUGAUGGCAGUGCUUCAGACGGUGAGCUCAAAAAUUUACUUAUCCAAAUAGAAAGUUGUCGCUGUUAACUUGAAAAUUUUCUAUCAAUUUUAACCAACAAUAACAAUAGUAUUUAAAUUUCUCGACUUGUAUAAAUACGAAUGUAUAGCACCUAUCUGUGAAUAUAAUACCAUUUCGCUAACAUUUUCAUAUAAAGAUACUACUUGGCAAGCUGCAAUAUUGUUCGUAUAAAAUACUUUUAUACAAUUCUAAAUUGGAAUUGUAUUGUUCGUAUACUUUUAUACAAUUCGAAAUUGGAAUUGUAUUUUAAUAAUUAUCUGCGCUGCUGUAAUACUUAUAAAAUCAUAUUUUACAUUAAGUCUUGUGCUCAAUGUAUCAACUAUUUUCCAACCUUUCGUAUAAAAAACUCGCACAAUCUAUUAACUAUUAUUAGUACUUUUAAAAAGCUUUAAUAGCGAUAAAUAAAAUUUAUAAAAUAAAAAUUACAUAUGCUUUUACGCAAGGUCACUGAAGAUUCGUACUUAUGUAGCCAUUCAAUAGUAAUAAGAACAAUCUCAUGAUAAAAUAAUACGGCAAUAUUGUAUCUUUCAUAUCAAAGAUUGUAAGUAAAAUAAAUUGUUAUAUGUACGAGAACAA